CAGAAGAUCCCCAUCUCAGUGCGGAUCGUCGUCAUCACAGUCUCCUUCCCCAUCUCAGACUCAGAUCGAUCUAAACUCUUCACUGAACCCAGCCGCCGCCGCCGCCGCCGGCUGCCCCCCUCCGCCGCUCACCGGCGACCAGCCAUGGCUCGAGCCCCUUCCUUCCUCCUCCUCCCCUUACUCCUCCUCGUCUCCUCCUCGCUCACGCCCGCCGCCACGGCGGCCGCGUUUGUCGGCCUCGACUCCUUCCUCGCGGCGGCGGCCGCCCGCGACCCCUCCGCCGGCAACGACACCUUCGGCGCCCUCCCCGCCGCGCUCCUCCGCCAGCUCUCGACCCCGUCCCCGCUCCUCCCCACCCGCCUCCUCUCCCUCUCCGCGCAGGUCCCCGUCACCGUCCGCCUCGCCGGCGCCUCCUUCCCGCCCGCCACCGGCCGCCUCCUCGAGUCCUUCGUCAACUCCGCCGUCUCCUCCUCGCGCUUCCUCUCCAGCCGCCGCCCGCACCGCCUCGCGCUCUCCCACAAGAUCCACCUCGAGGUCGCCGCCUCCUCCUCCCAGCUCGCGCCCCGCGCCGCCGCCGCCGUCCGCGCGCACCUCGACUCCUCCGCGGCGCCGUUCCACGCCGCCGCGCUCUCCUCCGUCCCUUACUCCGUCGUCGACGACCUCGUCGCCGAGGACUACCGCGCGCUCGUCGACACCGGCUCCGCCCCGUCGGUGUACAUCUACCUGCUCAACCUCGGCCCGCAGCCGCGGCCGUACGCCUACACCGCGGCAUCGUCGCCGGCCGAUGCGCAUUCACCUGGCUUCUCCCGCUGCCUCGCCCCCGUCUGGGCUGGCAAGGAGCGGUACAUUUGGAUCGACCUGGGUGCAGGGCCGGUGGACUAUGGCCCUGCGCUCUCCGGUGAAGGCGUGCUCCCCCGUGGCGAGUUCCACCCUCUCGCCGCGCUCCACGGCCGGCCGAGGUCGGAGAAGGCAUUGGUUGCUGAUCUUGCUUCGCUGGUGCUCAGUGCUUACAAGUCAUUGCUAGUGCCUUCGCUCAGAAUUCCAGUGCAUUACGAGAGCUCGUUGCUGGUUCAGGUCUUUCACAUCCAUGGACACGAGAGGGAUACGUCCGGGCUUGAUUGGGGUUCGAUCGAACAGUCGAUUCGUGAUGGGAAUCUGGCAUAUGAAGGGCAGAGGUUGAAGUUUGAUUUGAACAGGAUCAGGUUCUCUGACUGCCCAAUUUGCUCGUUUGCGGUUGCGCGGUCGACAACCUCGUUUACGUCCAGGUUCUUGUUUGAUAAUUACACGCUGAUUGUGAGUGAAUACUUGGACUCCAAGCGGAUGAGGCAGGUGCUGUCUGACUCGUUGGAAGAGUUGCACAAGGUGGCUGGUGUUCAUGAUAAUGAUGACUAUGACAAGGUUGUGCCAGUUUUUGUGUUUGAUUUAGAUUAUGAUAAGCUUCUGUUGCUAGAUAGGUAUCACCAGGCAGUGGCUUUUCGUGAUAUGGUGAUUUCUGUGAGGACAAGGAGCUCACAGACGGUCAGCGACUACAGCUGUAAUGGUCGACAUGUGAUUACAAUGACUAGGAAUCUUGACCGGCCGAUCAUCGCUUCAGUUCUGCAGAGCAUGUGGGGUGUGUCACCGACACACCAGUCAUGGAGCCCUGAGCACAAUGCUACCGUCGUUGACUACACUUGGAGCACUGGACAUACACCAUUUGGCCCAUUCUCAGAGACCAAAUCGCUUUCUUUUGUGCAGAAAGAUGCAGCCCGUAGGAAUGUUCUUCUAACCACUCUGAACUACACAAUCACAAGCGCUAUUGAUGUUUUGGAGUCAAUGGCUGCGCAUGGUGGAGAGAGUAUACUCCUUAGAAGGAAAAGGCGUGUUGAAUUCAUUCAAAGAUGGAAUCUGCUCACUUAUAAACUGGAGAAGGUGGUCUCAGCCAUGUCCCGCCUCGACUACAAUAAAGCGAUGUACUUUCUGAGAUCGUCAGAUCAUGAUCUGUUUGCCGUCCACACUUUGGUGUAUCAGGCGUCUCAGGAGUUGGAGGCUUCUCUGGUUUGCUUCAAAGAUCCACCAUUUCCCUGGUUGUCAGUUUCCAUGUCUGGAAUUUUCGUUUUUGGUUUCUUUUAUGUUUACUCGAAGAGAGAUAAAUUGUUCAGGAGCAAAAGGAAACAGUUUUGACUGCACUUCAGUUCACGGAUACUGUUUGAAUGCUCAUCUUGAUACCAUAGUCAGGAUUCAGAAAAGUUGCAUCCUUGCAUAAUACAUGGAGAUGUCACUGGAUGCAUGAAACGGGUGCAUCUUGUUUUAAACAGAUGAAUUCACUUGUACGAGAUAUACUGGAUUUCCUUAGGAAGCACUACUUCCACUAGUUUUGUAAGUUGCAUGUGCCCAAUUCACUCGGUACAUACUGUUGAUCUAGAUUCUGGAGACAUGCAUAUAUGUUUUCUAUUCUUGACUAGCUUAAUUACUGUCAUACUUGCUGGGUGCAUAACCUAUGUGGGAUGCUGUGCUCAAUUGAUCAUGUGUAAUUUCGAGAUGUCAAUUUUUCUAAACAAUGCCUUUGCAGGAUAUUUUAAGCUGAUUCUUUAAGAACUA